CGGGAAAGGGUCCAUUCCUCGGGGAGAGAGGGCUGAGUUUUGUGCGCCUCCGUCCGCUGCGCGCGCCGCUCCAGGCCCCGCCGCGCCCCGCCUGCGCCCGGGACUGCGCCGCGGCACUCACUGCCCCGUUUAUUUGUCUUUGGAGCAGGCGGGCCGCGCCAGAAGCGGGCGAUCCCGCAGUGUCCUGCAGCCGCGGACGCCGCCUGGCUAGGAUGACACCACGUUGAGCGCGCCUGCAAACAACAACAACAACAAGCGCCGCCGCGGCCACCGUGUCCACCGCGCCCUGCUCCUCCGAAGCGUCGCGUCGCCACCGGUGCAGCCCGCCCGCGUCCCCGGCCGUCCGCAGCGCCCGGCCGCCGGUGUAUGCCGCGCCUGCCCGGGACGGGCUGAAGCCGGCGGCGGGCCGCACCGCAGGCGCCGAGCAGGGCCAGGGCGGCCAGGGCAGCCUCCUGCCGCCGAGCCCCGAGCGCCGCCGACCGCGGACGCGCUUUCGGCCGGGAGUCGCGGCCGCCGCCAGCAGUGUUCAUGUUUGGGAUUCAGGAGAAUAUUCCGCGCGGGGGGACGACCAUGAAGGAGGAGCCGCUGGGCAGCGGCAUGAACCCGGUGCGCUCGUGGAUGCACACGGCAGGCGUGGUGGACGCCAACACGGCCGCCCAGAGCGGCGUGGGGCUGGCGCGGGCGCACUUCGAGAAGCAGCCUCCUUCCAACCUCCGGAAAUCCAAUUUCUUCCACUUCGUGCUGGCGCUCUACGACAGGCAGGGGCAGCCGGUGGAGAUCGAAAGGACCGCUUUUGUGGACUUUGUGGAGAAAGAGAAAGAGCCGAACAACGAGAAAACCAACAAUGGCAUUCACUAUAAGCUGCAGCUACUGUAUAGCAAUGGCGUCAGAACAGAGCAGGAUCUGUAUGUCCGCCUCAUAGAUUCAAUGACCAAACAGGCCAUCGUGUAUGAAGGCCAGGACAAGAAUCCGGAGAUGUGCCGCGUGCUGCUGACCCACGAGAUCAUGUGCAGCCGGUGCUGUGACAAGAAGAGUUGUGGCAAUAGAAACGAGACACCCUCAGACCCUGUAAUCAUUGACAGAUUCUUUCUAAAGUUCUUCCUCAAGUGCAAUCAGAACUGCUUGAAGAAUGCGGGCAACCCUCGGGACAUGCGGAGGUUCCAGGUCGUUGUAUCGACAACAGUCAACGUGGACGGCCACGUGCUGGCCGUGUCUGACAACAUGUUUGUGCACAACAAUUCCAAACACGGGAGGCGGGCCCGCCGCCUAGACCCGUCAGAAGGUACGGCCCCUUCUUAUCUGGAAAAUGCCACUCCGUGUAUCAAGGCCAUCAGCCCCAGUGAAGGCUGGACCACGGGGGGCGCCACUGUGAUCAUAAUCGGGGACAACUUCUUUGAUGGUCUACAAGUUGUGUUCGGAACUAUGUUGGUGUGGAGUGAGCUGAUAACCCCCCACGCCAUCCGAGUGCAGACGCCGCCUCGACACAUCCCUGGAGUUGUUGAAGUGACCCUCUCCUACAAGUCUAAGCAGUUCUGCAAAGGCGCUCCUGGACGCUUUGUCUACACUGCCCUUAAUGAGCCAACCAUAGAUUACGGCUUCCAGAGGUUGCAGAAAGUGAUACCCAGACAUCCAGGUGACCCCGAAAGGUUACCCAAGGAAGUGUUACUGAAGAGGGCAGCAGACCUUGUGGAAGCCUUGUAUGGGAUGCCUCACAACAACCAGGAGAUCAUCCUGAAGAGAGCAGCCGACAUUGCCGAGGCGUUGUACAGCGUUCCCCGCAAUCACAACCAGAUCCCCACCUUGGGCAACACCCCAGCGCACACUGGCAUGAUGGGUGUGAACUCCUUCAGCAGCCAGCUCGCCGUUAAUGUGUCAGAGACCUCACAAGCCAAUGACCAAGUCGGCUACAGUCGCAAUACAAGCAGCGUGUCCCCGCGAGGCUACGUCCCCAGCAGUACUCCCCAGCAGUCCAAUUACAACACAGUCAGCACUAGCAUGAAUGGAUAUGGAAGUGGCGCCAUGGCCAAUCUAGGGGUCCCUGGCUCGCCUGGAUUUCUUAAUGGCUCCUCCGCUAACUCUCCCUACGGCAUAGUGCCGUCCAGCCCCACCAUGGCAGCCUCUUCGGUCACCCUCCCUUCAAACUGUAGCAGCACACACGGCAUUUUCUCAUUCUCACCUGCCAAUGUCAUCUCCGCAGUGAAACAGAAGAGCGCUUUUGCGCCCGUGGUCCGGCCCCAAGCCUCGCCUCCUCCUUCCUGCACCAGCGCCAAUGGGAACGGACUGCAAGGCUCUCUGCUGGGUGCCGAGGACGCAACCGUGGAGAAGACAAACUGGCCCUUUUGUGAAGUCGGUGGUAUAUUCCACUUUGAUGAACUAAUGCUCAAAAAAGGAACUGGAAAGCUAUGUCUGGGCUGGUAGUCCCGCCCAUGUGAGGGACUCAGUUUACCUUCGCAGCACCCAGCAUUCAAGGACGGACUUCAGGGGACACGUGUAGUGUGUUAAAGACGCGCUGAUGGAAACAAUACCUUCAAAACUUAAAAAUCAGCCACAGUUGAAUGCUACAAGAGACAUUUAAAGAUUUUAUUUAAACUGUUAAGAACCAACCCGCGAACCAGCCCACUCCUUCAUGAACAAUUCCAUUUUACUGACUGAACUCUUCUCAUACCUUCACAUUUCUCAGUCCUGAAGAUUAAGGAACACAAAGCACCACCUAUUUUGUAUAAAGUUUCUGAUUCCCUCUUGGCUGUCUAGUGCGUGCUAUCUGUGUGGGGAGAAGCUUCGUGAAUAUGCACCGUUUUGAUGCCCAUGCAACAGUGAGGAAGAAUCCCUCGAGACAUUUUUUCUGUACUCAUAUUUAGAUUCACAAUGGUUGUGUAUCUCUAUAAUGUGAAAUAUUUUUUUGUGGUGAAAAAAAAAAGGGGGCCAAGGAGGUAUGAGCCAUUUAACUGGAACAGAGGAGGGUAUGACUAGGUGAAUUUGGGGGGGCAGGGAGGGGGGCGGGUUUAUCAUUGCUUAACUUCAUCUUAAUGAAAUGAAACUUUGUAACUUAUUGUAGUUAGAAAUUGUAACUUUGAUAUCGAAUCUCUUGCCUUCAACAAGCACACUGACAGAGAAAAAAAAAUAUGCUACUGUCUGUUGGUUCCAAUAUUCUCCCACCUAGAGCUUCCUGUUAAAGCAAGUGCGAUCAGCAACAUUUUUUCAACUUUCGCGCACUGUAAACCUAUUGCAUUCUUAGGCUACUGUGAGGUCUAUGUUUCUUGUACCUGAAAUUGUCCUUUUGACUUCUAGACCCUUCUUCCCCCAAUGUGUUUUGUAUGUGGUUAUAAAAUUGUAGACUUUUGUGAUUUUGCCAAAGUUGUAGCUAAAUAUUUAUACACUUGUCUUGAAUUUUUUUCAGAUCCACUUAAAAUAUUUAGAAAAGCGAGUUUUAUUCCUUAUGUAUCUUAUAGGGGAUAAAACGCUCUUUCAUGCGACACUUCCUUUCCCAUGAACACUUGCAGUUGCUAAGGGAUUUUAUUUUGUAACAUAUCAAUUAUAAAUAUUGUAUUUAUCUUUGAAAUUUUGUACAUUGCUUUCCCCUACCUUCUUUUUCCAUGUCUGUUUUGGUGUUUGAUCCUGCCCAGUGUUGUAGCACAGGGAAAGGGCAGACACCAAGAACUGUCUGUUUGAUCUGUUUUGUUGAAAUGAACCGAGGUCCUUACAUUUCAUUUGUACCUAAACCAUUUGCUAUCGUUUAGACUUUCCGUCCCCCACCCCCUUUUUUUUUAUGUUGAGGAAAAGUCAAAUUCAUUGUUUAUUUUUAUAUUAUUUUUAAGUUAUCUGAACAAAUACUUUUGAAAAGAAAAGUUUGUUGUAUAGUCAAAAGAAAACGGUGUCAGCGGCCGUGACAAAUUCUGGUAGGUUCUGUGCAUGUGAAGCGGCCGUGAAGGGGCCACACCGUCCGGGCUGUGUCCUUAUUUUGUUUUUAAUUUUUAAUUUUUUUCGUAGAAUGUAAAAAAAAAAAAAAAAGUCAUUUUAGCUGCCACCUAUGACUUUGCCACAUAGCUGAACUGUGUUUACUGGAAAAAUUCAGAGGCCUAAAGUUUAAAAUAAAAUUUACUUCCGACGUUUUAAUUACAAAUGUUUGCCACAUUAACUUCUCUGAUGCCUUAAAAGUGGACUUCUUUGAAGAACUUCUGUGCUAUUUUAACACAGGCUCAUACCACAGUUGUUAAUAUCUGGAGAUGGAUGAUGAACACACACACACACACACACACACACACACACACACACACACACACCAAAAGCACAAACCUCCAGUCUGCCAGUCACUUCUUCCUGGGUCUGUCUGCUGCUUUCGGUCCUUUGAAGCUCCCCUUGGAGUUAGAGAGGUGUCGGGGACACUGCUGGUUAGUACGUUUUGAUUUUAAACAGGACCUUUUUGUGGUCAGAUCCCACAGCACUGUCUGUCCUUUUUUAACUGGAAAGACCUCCUUCAGACACUCUGCCUCUUAGUGCCAAACCCACCGUCAGACCAAGAGUCAGGACUCUGUUCUUCCUUCCCACUCAUUGCCCUUGCAGACAGCACAUGCUUUGUGAACAGCAGCAGAAGUCACAUCUAGAACAAAAAGGAGGGGAUUAUAAAAAACUAGACACACACCUUCACAAAGAGACAACAUAGAGUUUAGAAAGCGUUCAUUCAAGGGACUCAGUAAGAGAAACGGAAUGUCCCCAAGGGUCAGUGGGCCACACUCUGGCUUUGUGGCUGCUGACAGGGCUUAGCUACACGAACAGCCUGAGAAGUCACUUUGGAACUAAAUUGCCUCGAUUUAUUUUGUGUAAGUAAGGGUUUGACCCAAAAAGAGCUCACGUGCACAUUAGCAAGUGUCCUCAUGCCCGCACCCGGUUUGUGUUGUAGAUCAACUAGCCAACGCCCUCAUUGCUUCAUUGUGUCAAAAAACCGAGAGCUUCACUAAAUGGUAGAUUUUGCUGUCAGAGACCCUACAAUAAGAUUGUUUUAUCUGUACAUUUUUUCAGAUAUUUAACUGUAUAAAAUGUUCAUUUUACACAAUAUUUAAUUAAAGUAUUUCUUGUCUGUGAAUUUCA